AUGGGGGGAGUGAAUACACAGGCGGUGCAGGUGGUGCUGAUAGCAGCAUAUGAAACAACUCUGGAUACUCUUCUUCCCCUUCCAUUCAAAACAAUUAUAUCAAACAAAUCAUGCAGAGCUGGCAUCCUGCGCACGCUGCAUCCGCUGCAGCUGCAGGCCGAGUGCACCGCUGGUGCCUUCCAUCAUGGCGAGCGCGAUGCUGGCGAGCACAUCGAGCUGGCCGAGGUUGAGUGCGAUGUGGAUACGAUCAAGAAGCUAAAGCUGGGACAGCGCUCGUCGCUUUGGUCGCGACCAAAUUCCACCACAUCCCAGUUGCAGCAGGAGCAUCAGCAGCAGCAGCAGCAACAGCAACAACAACAGCAGCAGCAGCAACAACGUCAGCAGCAAGCACCACAUAAGAGAGCGCAUUCAAAGUCACCGCAGCCGCAACAACAGCAGCCACUACAACAACAACAACAACGACCCCAACAACAUUCACCCGCUCCAGGCCAGAAAUUGCUUAGCGAGAAAUCGGAUUAUUCGAUAUCAGUGUGAGACAUUGGUAAGAUCUGAUCAAAGCCCGAUCAACAGUUAGGAUGAGGUCAGACCAAAAGCAGACGAUAGCAGUAAAUCGAAUUCAAAUUGGGCGGCCACUCGUCAAUUCUAGAUUGUCGAAUGCCAUUUAGGUAAACAAACAAACAAACAGUUGAGCCGUUUUAGUACCUACAUUUUUGUAAUGCCAACACUUCAGCUCCUCCCGAUAUAACCGAUCCACGCCGCCUCCGCCCUGACCCCAUAACCAGCUUGACAACAUACCCAAAACAAAACAAAAAACAAAGAAAAAAAUCUGAAAUGCGAAAUAAAAACCCAAACACAAUGGAAUACUUUCGGACAAUCAAAAUCAAAAUUAUUUUGCACAACCAUCCAUUGAACACAUCCCAUUUGUUACUCUCCAUUCCCGAAUAUUUACAAUAUAACGCUCAUAUAACCGUAUAUGCAUAUACAUAUAUAUAUAUAUAAAUUAAAUAGGUAAUUAUUACGAUUACGAUGCAUGUUAUACGGCAUGCACCCAGAACCCAGGUCAGUUAUCGAACUUCCAGAUACAAAUUUUUUGUAUAUACGUACAAUAUAUACGCUAACUUAUACCUACUACUAACCUAGGGUUAAGUACUUACGACUAACUAAGUAACUCGAACUACUAACUCGAAUACUAUUGAAUACUAACGACGCAUCGCAUCGUAUAUCGGAUAAAGCGUAUUAACUCGUACUACUUAUAAUCGAACUGUUUUCGUAUGUAGAAAG